UGAUGACCUCGGUCGACGACCUAAAUUUUCUCUUCAUAUCUCGACAAAUUUCAGAGAUAUUUACAUCAUAUAGAGAUUCUUUUGCUUUGAUAGGACUAGUGUAUGCCACAAGGAAGACCCAGAGCGUAGUUUGUUCCCUCCUAGAUGCAGUUAGAACCCAUAUAUGGAGCAAAUACGGCAGACUCGAUCUUGUCAAAAAAUAUGGAAAGUGGGCAGUGGUGACGGGUUGUGCCGAGGGUAUAGGGAAACAAUUCGUCAUAGAAUUUGCCGAGCAGGGCAUGAAUGUUGUGAUGCUCAGUCGAGGGAGUCAUGGCAACCUAGAAAAAACAGCGGAAGAAAUAGCAUCAAGAUUUGGCGUAUCUGUACAUCCUGUCAUAGUGGAUUUCAACAGUGGACCAGAAAUUUAUAAAAUGAUUGAAAAAGAAUUAGAAGGGAAAGAUAUAGGCAUUCUUGUUAAUAAUGUUGGUGUGAUGUACUCCUACCCUCAGUACUUCCUGGAUGUACCGGAGGAGCGGCUAUGGCAGUUGAUUAAUGUGAAUGUGGCUGCAGCAACUAUGAUGACACAUCUUGUUUUACCACAAAUGGAGAAAAAGAAGCGAGGUGCGAUUAUAAAUCUAUCAUCUGGAUCAUGCCACAAACCAACACCACAGAUGACUGUUUAUACCGCAACAAAGGUCUACUUGGACCACUUCUCGCGAGCACUACACUACGAAUAUAAAGACAAAGGUAUCACAGUCCAGUGUCUGAUGCCCUUCUAUGUGGCCACUCGAAUGACAUCGUACAGCAAAUCUUUGUCGAAUCCUAGCUUACUCAUUCCCUCGGCUAGUGCCUAUGCAAGAAAUGCACUGAGGACAUUGGGUUAUUCCACAAGGACAAGUGGUUAUUGGCCUCACACCAUACAGAGUUGGAUCGCCAAUCUCGUACCAGAGCCAUUAUGGAUGUGGGCAGCCUCAAGAUUAAACACCGCUCUGCGACGACAGGCACAACAACGGGUCCGCCAUCGAUCAGGACGUCGAUCCCAUCAAAGCAUGACAUCAUCUUCCUCUGCCUCGUCAUUAUCUGAGAGUCCCUCUAACCCUAAUCUGAAUGUACCUUCUUCAUGAUGUAAAAGACUAUUUAUGUCCAUUGAAAUUAUGAUAAGUGUACUCAUGCAAUAUGUUCAUGUGUGUAUAACAUCAGGAAUAAAUAAAAACGAAUAUUUAUUAAUUCUUGGUAACAUGUAUGACAUAGAUGGCAAUGAGCAGACCCUACUUGCCAUGGAAAGUGAUGAGUGUCAAGUAUCUCGUUAUAAACAUAUAUUUUAGUGAAAGUAGGUAGAAUACUUUCUACUUGAAUUGAUCUCUACAAAGCAGGGAGUAUUUCAGUUCUUGAGCUAUGUGCAAGGCAGACCUUAAUGUUUGACAGUACAAUGUAGUUGAUGCUGGUUAUAGGGCAGAAUACGAUUUGACUAAAUGAUCUGGCUCGAAUUCAAAUCCACAACCUCUUAGUUACGCUGUUUCCUUAUGCUCCAUCCAUAAUAGUGAAUCGACAGAAUCUUAAUUUUGAUGCACUUCCUUUUGAAGUGCUGAAGUUGAGAAUGAGAGCAAAUGUACAUAUCUGACCUUAAAACUGUAUGCAGAAAACAACUAGAACUAGAAGUAGGCCCUUACUUUGAUAUCACAUGUAGAUGUCCCAGUGAGCAACCGGGCCCAGGCUGUUAAGGACACAAGGCAGCACAACAUACAUGUAAUUAACUGAGACAUUUGUAGAGUAGAGCUUGCUUUAACUGUGAUAUUUCCAUGUUUAUUUUAAUAGAAGCGUCAAUUAAUCCAAGAAAGUAAUUGAUGUGAAAUCCAUCCGUAUGACAAACCAACAAAUCAAGUGUUGAAAUGUUAGUACUCAGAAAGCAUGGGUUUUUUUCCCACAAGUUAUUACUUUACUAAGAUUUUGACAUGUACACACCAUGGAAUAUGUGUCCAGAGUGACUCAUUUUAGUAAGCAAAAUACUUUGAAGCCUUGACAAAAAAAGUUUCACACACACUUAAUCCGUGAGUUGUAUAAUUCUACGUGCUACUUUGGUCACAACUGACUCAGUGAGAUGGUUAUGUGAAAACAGUACGUCUAUGUGUAAAUGUAAAUGUAAAUGUAUGUGCAUGUAGGUACAGGCUUGCCAGAAAUCUAUUGUAGCAUCAGUGCUGUAUACACCUUUUCAGCAGAUGGGAAUAAAAUAAUAGGAUUUUUCGUUUUGUAUGCCAUGAGAUAUUUAUUUAAGCUCCCUCUGAAGACUGGGAGAAUGUGUCAACCUUGGCCUCAUAAAGUUAGCUCAUUGAGUAGCCGGCCCAUAUACAUGUACCAAAGGGAAUAAAUUAGAGGAUGCUUCCAAUUUUAAUUUGACCAUCUGACCUGUUCUAAUAGUUCGGCAUAGAUUGUUACAAGUACAUGUAUGAAUGUGACAUGCAAUUGGUCAUGCCUAUUUUUUGUUAAAUCAGUAUGCAAUUGUGUGAUAAACAUAAAAAUCUAUCAGAGAUUGUAAAAAAUUACUAGAGGCUACAGUAUCAGCUGUGGUGUAUAAAAUUUUAAUAAAAGUAUAAAGAGAAA